AUGAGCUUUCUAAGCGAAUUAAAGAGACAAAAAGAAAAACUGAAAGAGACAUCAACAUUGGUGACAAAUGUUGAUGGGAAACAGUACUUAGAGACUGGAAAAGAUAUUAAGGAGAUAAAUAAAAAUGCGUAUGGCUUUGUUGUUGAUACUAAACCAGAUGAUAUACCAGUUUUGGUACUUGAUUAUUUAUAUAUAGGAUCACAAGAUUGUGCUAUAGAUAGUGUUUUAGAGAAAUACAAUAUUGUACAUGUGUUAAGUUUAGGUGUAGAUGUGAAUAUAAAAGUGAAAAAUAAAUUUAUUUAUAUACUAGAUUUGCCUGAAUCUGAUGUUAGAUUAGUUUUAAAAGAAAGUUUGUUGUUUAUAAAAGAAGCUAUAGAGAAGAAAGAAAAUGUGUUAGUACAUUGUAAUGCAGGUGUUUCUAGGACAUCUUUGGUAGUAAUUGCUUAUUUAAUGCACUAUGAGAAUAUGGCAUUUGAAGAAUCAUAUAAUUUGGUAAAAAGCAAAAGACCUUGUAUAAGACCUAAUGAUGGAUUUGUAAAACAAUUACGAAUGAUGGUACCUGGAGGAUUCUUGUAGUGUUUUGAACUCAAGUAUCUAUGUAGAUGGCAAUUAACUUAUAUCCUUUGAUUUUAUUAUUAGAACUAAACUUUUAGAACUCUGUGGCAUGAAUAAAUAAGUUAAGAAC